AUGUCUGGCAAUCGUACACCAUCUAAUCAUGAUGACAAUGGUAAUAAUGAGGAUAAUUAUCAGGCAGGUGAAUCCAGUAAACAUGAAGUACCAAAGAAUACUAAAUAUAGGGAGGACAGUCAGACGCAUACAGUGAUAGUCGAUAAUUCUGGGAGUAAAGCUGCAAAUUAUGUGAUACCCUUACCUAGUCAUGCAUUCAAGCAUUUCACAACAAGGUCGACUACUAGAGGUAAAGCAAUAAAUCAGCCAACAUCAGGUGUUGAUAAUGGAGGUCGAGGUGGUGGUGGCGAUGUGACAAGAAAGUCUGUUACAAGUAAAAUAUUGAAUGCUGCAAUGGUUGCCCACCUACAUCAACUUGAAGUACGUAAUCAAAAACUGGAGAAAGAGAAGACUAGUCUUGAAAAUCAGUUAGCUCAUAUUCUCAAACGAUUAAGAACAGAUGAAAUCAAUGACGCCGAUAAAUCAACGAGUAAAGAUCAAUGCUCUGUGACAGGUACAGAUUCAGAGAACAGACUACAAACCUUAUUAUUAAAGAAGAAAACGGAUGAAGAGAAAAACACUAACCAGGUGGAUAACAAAUUCACCUUGAAGUAUGCACCACUAGCCUGUUAUGAUUGCAUGAAUGAUCGUCAAAGUCUACUGGAGUCGAAUAGUUCAUUCAGUUUAGGUGAGUAUUCAAGUUUAUCUGAUGCAUAUGAAGAAAUCUGUUUGAAUAAAAAUCCUGUUGAUGAUAUAAAUGGUUCUGAUCUAUCAGAGAUGUUUGCAGAACAUAACAAAACUUUAAUACAUGACACUGAAGUUUCAGCUAACAAUACAUUCUCUAAACAAUCCACAUAUACAGACAGCAACAUGAAUCAAUCCCAAAAUAAUAACCAGCGCCAACCGCAACCCAGUCAACCAGAGAGAUCAACAAUUCUCCCUGAAGUAGUGAAUAGAUCUGAGAGAAGAUUAGAAUCUGACAAAGAUUUACUGUUUAAACCUGAUGACUUAUUGAUUUAUCGACCUGAUGAAGAUGAGGAAGACAAUAGUAGUGAAAGCCAGUACAACAACUCAUCGAUUACUUCAUCAUCAGACUUAGACAUACCAACACACCGGACAAUAGCAUCUCGUAAACAUCAGUUUAUCGCGUCAAGAGAUGAGAAGUUAUCCAGUUCCCUUUCUAUUGUAUCAUACAAUUCAUCGACUGAUUCAAUGAUUUUAAAAGGACAUCACUUCGAAGACAAUCUACCAAGGUAUAAUGCAAAGUCCAGUAAGCCUUACUCCACUUCACUACCAGUCUCCCCGGUUAUACUGCCAACCAGAUGGAUAUCUAAGGGAAGCUUUACAAAACCAGAUAAUUAUACAAAGAUGUAUAAACUGGAGGGGUUAUGCAAUCCACCAACUGCUACACAGUCAUCACUUAAUCCAGAUAGAGAUACUGUUCAGUCACAGUCGCAUCCAACCAGACAGAGUAUAAAUCGUGUCAACAGUUUCAACCUUAGUGUCUCUGAUAACUCUGAUGUAUACAGUUUGACUAUUGGUUCAAAUACGCCUCAGUCACAAAGGCGUAUGGGCAGGAAUUUUAACAAAGUUCCACCUAAAGUGCAUAUAUCAAGAAAACAUUUAUACCAACCGAAUGAUAAUCAACACUUUAGUGAUACAAGCAGUUCCAUCAAUCAGACUGAUAGAAAUGAAGAUGUCUCACUAAAAUAUUUUCCAUCACGUAAAAAUCUUCAACCAAUCUACUCGAAUACAAACAGAUCAAAUCAAUCUGUUAUAAAUCAAGCAGAAUUAGUAGAACAAGUCAAUCAAUCGAAAAUCUACUUCCCAUCUGCACCCCCACCACCUUCUUCUUCUUCUCUACCUCUUCAAGGUACUUCAGUGAUGAAUCAACCACCGUUUAGUGUCCCAGUAAAUAAUUUAGGCCGUAAACAAUUAGCUAUUACAUUACAACAAGAAAGAUUACCCUUAACACGGCUGAAAAUGGGAUCAAUAAAUGACUUUUUAAACAAUAAUUUACAAUCUUCAUUUCAUACGAAUUUAAAAUACAUUUUAGUAAAUAAUAAAGAUUUAUUAACAUUAAAAUAUCUCCUGAAUUUUAUCAAGUUUUUUGAAGUUUUCACUUGUGUUUCUGGUUUUGCUUAUCUUUUACAAAAUAUUAAAUUGAAUAUAACAAAUUUAUUGCCCAUCUUACAAAUAUCUGAAAAUACUACUUCACAUGAACAAUUAAGCAGUACGAAUUCUGAGUCAAGUUUAAAGAGAGCAAUUGAUAUCAAUAAAUUAUUGAUUAGUUCAAAUAAAGCUAUUGAUCAUCAAUCACCUUUAUCAAAUCUGAUACCAUUAAGACCAUUAUCAAAUGAAUUAUACAAUUCUGAGGUAAACACCCCUGAAGCAAACAGAAUAACUACUUCAGAAGACACCUAUGCAUUCAGUAACAUCCCAGACGAGAGUAAAUUAAUAAUAUCUGAAAACCAUGCAGGUGUUUUAUUAAAAUUGAAUAAUCAUCUUAAAAUAUGGCACUACUACUGGUGUAUAUUAACACUUAAGGGAUUAUUUUUACACCAAUAUCAACAGACAGGAUUUAGUCAGCUGUCAUCGUUGAAUCAACCGAAAAAAGUAAUUCUCUUCUCAGAUAUCCAUUAUCUUCGUCGUUCAACAAACAUGUCUACAUCAAUUAACCAACUCGGUUGUUCAAAUUUAAUCAAAAUUGAUUCGUCCAUAUCAUUAUCGUCAUCAACAACAGUUACUACUAAAGGAGCCAACGUCAGCCAACGUCCAAAUGUAAGUGCACCUGUAUCACGAAAAUUCAUGCAUACUGAUUCAUUUCAAAAGUGUCGUGUUGAAAAGUACUUUGAACUGGUACUACACAACAAGAAAGUCUAUCGACUGCGUGGUAUCGAUAGUCAACAGACGAUUAAAUGGAUUAAUCUUAUCAAAGAUAUCCAACGAAUUAAUGAAGCUGACCGAAUUCUCAAUGAGAACAGAUCACAAAUUACCAAAGAAGGCUGGUUGAAACGAAUCAAACGAGGUCAUGUUUCAUGGUUUUGGUGUAAACUAGCAGGCGUCUACCUGAUUUAUUCCCUGAGUCCUAAAAGUACACUUCCUGUGGGAUGCAAAACUUUAAAAGAUGCUUAUGUUCAAAUGAUUGGAAAUCGGUCAACUAUCUCAGUGGAGUCGAAUGGAAAUAAAAAAUCUGAUGGAUUAUUGAAAUUGUCGACAGAUCAAUAUGAUUCUGGGCAGUUGUUAACAUCAAGUUCAGAUUCUGAUUCUUUGUUGCUCAGUCUAACAUAUUCCAAGGUGAAUCAGGACGAACAACAAACAAUAAAAAUAUGGACACCAGAUCAUGAACCGGUCUACUUAAUUUGUCCUACACUUCAAGAAUGCGAACAAUGGAGAGAUAGUUUGCUUAGAGCUUCAAUUUUACAUUCAAAUCCUUCGACUUUUAUAAACAGCAUACAAAAGUCAUCAACAGCAAAUUUACUUGAAAAUAUUCAAAAAAUAUGGAAACAUCUUGUCAAUCCAAUACAUUUAAACGGUUUAUAUCAUUCAAAUGUAUCAAUUAAGCAGCCAAUAUCAAAAACCACUCCAAACGAUAAUCACUCAGUAAUUAGUUUACGUUUAUUCGAUCAUUUAUUGUUUCUUUGUCAUCCACAAGUUAAUUUAAUUGACAAUUCAAAUUCUCAAUCGAUAGAAAUACCUAUAAGCAAUCUUAUCAAUUGUUCACAAUGGCUGACAUUGAAACAUUUAAUCAUGAAACAGAUAAUUAACUUUUGUUUUAAAUAUCCUUUAUUAAAAGAUGAAUUAUACUUACAAUUGAUAAAACAAGCGAUUUUCGCUGGAAUCAAUACUAAACAAAUAUCGAAAGAUGCAUAUCAGUUAUUGCUGAAAAGUAAAACCACUCUAAAACAUUCGUUGACAUCUUUACUUUUAUGCACGAAGAACCAGAAUUUUUCAGAUACAACAUAUAGUAUUAAUAAUACUAAUAAUCAGCAGAUGAAAUUUUACGAAAAUCUAAAGCAGAACAAUCAAAAUAGUUAUUUUCAAAUCGGGGAUCAAUACAGACAAUCACUGAGUGAAGUUUCAUCGCUGCUUUCCUCGCCAUCAUCAACUGCUAAACUAAUAAUUUCACAAACAAAUUUAAAUAGUAACAGCAGUAAUAAAAGACCAGAGUGUUGGUGGCCGGCUAUUGCUAUAUGGGAAUGCUUGUGUUUAUUUUUAACAUUUAUAUUGCCGUCUGAACCUGUUAUCAAGUGUCUUGAAGGCUUAUUCAAUUUACACAUGAAUUCCGUGCAUAUUGAUUCCACAGGAUCAGUUGAUAAAAUCGACAUAGCAGAUAAAAUGAAAUCAGAAAAUAAUCAGUUGAAAAUGAAAUUUUUCACAGAAAUCUGUGGUUAUGCAGCAUUUUGUCAGGACACGCUGAACAGAACUAAACGGUAUGGUGGGCGAGAGUACUAUCCAUCAGCUUUAGAAGUAUUCACUCUGUCUAUACGUAAUCCGUAUACACAUGUUUAUCCCUUCUCUUUACCAGUCUACUUACCAUUCGGUUCGAAUUAUGAAGUUGUCAACUUUCAUGGCGGGUCAAGUAUACACGAUCUCCAAGUACAAAUCAUUGAAAAGCUACAACUGAAUGAAGUUGUUUUCAAAAAUAUUGUUUUAUUCGCUAUUUACUUAUGUUUAGGUCAGUCGGUAGCAGAUUGUAAACAAGUUUAUUUAAAUCCAAACUGGAAAAUAUGCGAUAUCAUUUCGGUAUAUGAACAAUCAACUCUACAGAAUUUACAAUCAAAUCAAAAUAACGAGUCGAAUCUAAUCAGAUUGGAUCAAAUUUCUGUAAAACUUUUGUUCAAAAUACAAACAUUUACAUGGAAAUGUAUGCGUAAUUUAGAAUAUAAAAAAUCUAAUAUAUUUUUAUUAAAUUUUAUUGUGCAUCAAUUACAUGCAGGUGUUAUAUCAAGUUUUUAUCAAAUACCAAUGCGUGGUAUUGAUUUUAUUGAUUUAAUUGCUUAUCUCUGUCGGGCGGAUUAUUAUGACUACACGGAGCUACAGAAACGUCAUGAACAAAUUACCUUUAGUCAAUUGUUAGAAAAUUACUUGCCAUUAGAAUGGUUACCAAAAAACCUAACAGAUUCACGCCUAUUUAUUCAAAUCAAAUUAAUAAUUUUAGAACGUUGGACACAAAUUUCAAAAUAUUCGCAACCACCUAAAGAAUAUGGAACUUCAAAUUUAAAUAAUAAAAUGAAUAAUAAAGAUGACUUCAAAAGCAAUCAUGAAAAUCAAAUCAAUAUGGCAACAUUUUAUGCUUGUUUAGGUUAUUUAAAACACUUGAAAAGUUUAUUUCCUUAUCGAUUUAAUUGUUCUGCAUAUAUAGCACGAGUGGAUAAUCUACCGUUAGUUGAAGAAAAUCAGUUAAUAUGGAUUGUGCCACAAGAUGAUAGAAUCAAUGUACUAACCGGUGGUAAUUUAUUAAAAUUUUCAAAUUCACAAUUAUCCCAUCCAGUAAUUCAAUCAGAAUCCAAGAAAAUCAUUUGUGUAAAAUCAAUAGCAUACAGAAAUGUUGUAGCCUAUGGUGGUCAACAGAACGGUGUAUUUUUUCUUGUCUAUUCUGAUUUUACCUUAGCUAAAACGCAUUGUAAAUCAACAUCUAGAGAUUUCCCUGAUCCUGAUCUAAUAUCAUCACAGCGUAGAAGUAAUUCACUUAAAGGACAUAAUUAUUACCCUUCUUCAUCGGCCUCUUCAACAUCCCUAUCCUUCUGUAAAGGUUAUGGGAAUUACUCACAGCGAAUGCCACCCUCACGCAGUAAAGAGUCAAAGUUAUUAAAUAAACAUCAAUGUAUGUCACUGAAAAAACUUAAAUUUUUUCUAACUGAUAUGCAUUCAGUAAUUGAUUUGACUAAUGCUCUUACAUUUUUAAUCAAUGCUAGAUCCAAAUCCUCUACCACGUGA